GAAAUUGACAUUCGAUUAACGAUCCCUAGAUGCAUUUCAGUUCGUGAUUGUUUUUAAUCGUGUUAAUUACCGUGCUUAAGUUUUUAAAUUUUUUUUAUAUAAUUACAAAAAUGGAGUUGUUGAGUAAAGAUCAGAUCAGAAUUUUAAAAAGAGCGUUCGAAACCCUUGAUACAUCUAAAAAGGGUGUCAUAUCGGUAGAAGAUCUUGGAAGUAUUUUGGACACAUUAGGCCAACACCAGAACGAUCAAACACUGAAAGAACUGGUAGCAUCGGUCGAUAGAAACGGCAAAGGUACUUUGACAUUUGAAGAAUUAUGCGAAUUAGGAGUCAAGUUUAUGGGCGAGGAAGAAGAAGAUCUAGAUAAAAUGCGCGACGAAUUGAGAGAGGCUUUCAGAUUGUACGAUAGAGAAGGCGAUGGCUAUAUCACUACAGAAGUCCUCAAAGAAAUUUUACAAGAGUUGGAUCCAAAUCUAAGUUACUCGGAUCUUGAACAAAUUAUAGAAGAGGUCGACGCUGAUGGAUCGGGAACUGUAGAUUUUGAUGAAUUUAUGGAAAUGAUGAUGGGAUAAUAUCGACAAUAGGUAUCGUAAAUCAACGGAACAGUUGCUCGUGAGAAUAUUUACGUAUUUGGUGCGCUUCUUCGAUUUUUUACACAAACGAACAUGUUUUUAGUCAUAUCAACAACACACGCUUAUAAUAAAUAGUCGUGAAUUAUGAUACUGUGAUGCAUGUUAUUGAUGUCCAUCGUGUCCAAUAAAUCUUAGCAUAUUCAAUGUGGAAACGCA